CCACCUGGGAAGCGCGCUGGAUCCAGCCGGCUGGCCGACUCCCCGCGACCCCCAGGAUGCCAGAGGCCAGGAACUCCUGCCACGACCUCACGCGAUGGAAGAAGAAGCCGCCGGUGCGCCGCACGGUCAGCCAGAUCUGCCCGCCCCCGCGGCGGCCCCUGACCGUGGCCGACAUCCAACCGGGCAUGGAGAACGAGAGGCUGGGGGUCGUGCGGGAUUCCAUGUUUCAGAACCCGCUCAUCGUCAAGGCUGAACUUGGGAAGCCCCGGGAAAGAAGCUGCAGUCUGCCUGGAAUUAAUUUUAAUUAUGGACUCUACAUCCGGGGGCUGGAUGGAGGGGUCCCUGAAGCCAUUGGACACUGGAAUGUAUUUAAACAGCAGCCUACCUGCCCCCAUGAGCUGAGCCGGGAUUACAUCGCCAUGAACCGUGGAGCAGUAAAAGCUGGCCUGGUAACUGCCCGGGAGAAUUUCCAUUACCGUCAGCUCAAUGACAUCCGCAUCAGUGACCAGGAUGACCGGCGCCUCAAGAAGGAACCGCCCUCUCUCCCUCCAAAUAUGACGUUCGGGAUCCGGGCACGGCCUUCCACCCCCUUCUUUGAUCUGCUGCAGCAUCGGUACCAGCAGCUAUGGGUGCAGGAACAGAAGGCCAACCAGAAAGCCAUUAAACUGGAGAAAAAGCAUAAGGUGAUCCUCGGGAAACUGUAUGAGACCCGGAGCAGUCAGCUGAGGAAGUACAAGCCACCUGUGAAGCUGGACGCCCUCUGGCACAUGCCUCACUUCCAGAAGGUGGGCCCCCAUCUCGAUACCUUCCCCACCGAGGCCCAUCGCCAGAGAGCCUUCAAAGCCCACCGGGAAGAGUGUGCUGUGCGCCAGGGAACCCUGCGGAUGGGCAACUACACCCACCCCUAAAGCCUUCUUGACACAGUAGAAAAUUCUCUGAAGGACUCACCUUUCUUGCCCCAACUAACAUAAGACAGUCCCCCGUUGUUCUGCAGGUUCUGGCUUGGCCAGGACCUCAGAUUCAGGUCUUAGUUUGAUCGUUUUUGGUAAGAGCCCCUCUUUAGAGUUAGCUAC